AUGGAGCAGCCACAAGAGCGAGCGGGGAAGCAGACUGGGGAGUUCAUAGUUGGUUUGAAGUACAGGUUGGUACGUAAAAUAGGCAGCGGAUCUUUCGGUGAUAUUUAUCUCGGGAUCAACAUUACAAAUGGUGAAGAAGUGGCUGUGAAACUGGAGUCUUGCAAGGCGCGACACCCACAGUUGUUGUAUGAAAGUAAACUGUACAAGAUUCUACAAGGCGGUGUGGGUAUUCCUCAUAUCCGUUACUAUGGUCAAGAGAAAGAAUACAAUGUUCUUGUUAUGGAUCUUCUAGGGCCAAGUCUAGAAGACUUGUUCAACUUCUGCUCUAGAAGAUUUACGAUGAAAACGGUGCUCAUGCUUGCAGAUCAAAUGAUCGGACGUAUCGAGUAUGUCCACAACAAGAACUUCAUACACAGAGAUAUCAAGCCUGACAAUUUCCUCAUGGGUAUCGGAAGACACUGCAACAAGGUGUUUUUGAUCGAUUUUGGUCUGGCCAAGAAGUAUAGAGACAGCAGAACCCGAACACACAUCCCAUAUCGUGAAGAUAAAAACUUGACUGGUACUGCCCGAUAUGCCAGUAUCAAUGCUCACCUGGGUAUUGAGCAGAGCCGAAGAGAUGACAUGGAGUCUCUUGGAUAUGUACUCAUGUAUUUCAACCGUGGAAGUCUCCCAUGGCAGGGCCUGAAAGCGAACACCAAAAAGCAGAAGUAUGAGAAAAUCAGUGAAAAGAAAAUGUCAACGCCAGUAGAGGUUCUGUGCAAAGGUUUUCCAGCUGAAUUUGCCAUGUAUUUGAACUACUGCCGCGGCCUCCGCUUUGAAGAAGCUCCAGAUUAUAUGUAUCUACGCCAGCUUUUCCGAAUUCUCUUUCGAACCCUCAACUACCAAUAUGACUAUACCUUCGACUGGACCAUGCUGAAACAAAAGGCCGCGCAGGUAGCUCAGUGUACAACAGCAGCUGCUACCCCAACAGCAGGCAGGGGCUGA